UGUUCUGAUGCACACACACUCAGUGAGACAAACUCUCCACAGGAAACUCAGAGCCAUAAUGCGCAGGCACCUCAGAGCAGACGGGUGCGCUGCUCAAACCAAGUGGGACACGGCUGCGGCUUUGAUAGCGCGUUAAUUACUCAUGUGAUGUGAUACAGAUGUCUGGGGGCUUCAGCCGAGAGUUUGCCUGACGCUUUCCAAGGGGCCCGGCAGACGUUUUAGAAGCGCGAUACAUCAGGAUUGAAAGCCAUCGUGUGCACCACCAUCAUGGGUCCCCUCGGCCUGCUGGUCCUGGUGCUCUUCAUGGCGCCCGGCGGGAUGUGCCAGAGACACAGUGUAGCCGCAGCGGAGGACCUGAGUGCGCUGGUCCACUCCACCUUCCAGUCUCCAUCCUUCCACAGCACCAUCAGCCCCACGCUGGAACAAAGCCCUCCAAGACCAGGGGGUCAAGGACCUUCAAAUCGCAGCGUUCUCAUGAAGCCUGUGCCACCGCCUCAGUGCAGAGUACCCACGUCGAUCAAGAGCUACUUCAAGUACAUCAACACCAUCAUUUCCAUUAUCGUCUUUGUGGUGGGACUGGUGGGCAACGCCACCCUGCUGAGGAUCAUAUACCAGCACAAAUGCAUGAGGAACGGGCCCAACGCUCUCAUUUGCAGCCUGGCGCUGGGAGACCUCAUCUACAUCACCAUCGACAUCCCCAUCACCAUCUAUAAGCUGCUGGCGUCCCGCUGGCCCUUCGAUGACAGUGUCGUGGGCCUGUGCCUGUGCAAGCUGGUUCCCUUCCUGCAGAAAGCCUCGGUGGGCAUCACAGUCCUGAACCUGUGUGCCCUCAGCGUCGACAGGUACAGAGCGGUGGCGUCCUGGAGCAGGGUUCAGGGGGUGGGCAUCCCACUCAUCACCAUCAUUGAGAUUUUGUCCAUCUGGGGCCUCUCUCUCUUCCUGGCCAUUCCUGAGGCCGUCGGCUUCGACAUGGUGACGUUCAACUACAGGAACGAGACCAUGCGCACGUGCAUGCUGAACCCCAGGAGUGACUUCAUGAAGUUCUACAGGGAUGCGAAGGACUGGUGGCUCUUUGGCUUCUACUUCUGCGUCCCACUCAUCUGCACGGCGGUUUUCUACACCUUGAUGACCUCGGAGAUGCUCAGUCACAGGAAGGGCGACCUUCGAAUCGCUCUGAGUGAGCACCUCAAGCAGAGGAGAGAAGUUGCCAAAGCUGUCUUCUGCCUGGUCCUGAUCUUCGCGCUCUGCUGGUUCCCGCUGCACCUCAGCAGGAUCCUGAAGAAGACGGUGUACCGGCCCAACGACGACGCUCGCUGCGAGCUCUUCAACUUCCUGCUGGUGAUGGACUACCUGAGCAUCAACCUCGCUACCAUCAACUCCUGCAUCAAUCCCAUCAUCCUCUACUUUGUCAGCAAAAAGUUCAAGAACUGCUUCAAGUCCUGUUUGUGCUGCUGCUGCUACUCGCCCUCCCAGCUGAGCAGCAUCGGACCCAUGAACGGCACCAGCGUCCAGUGCAAAAGCCCCGAUCCCCACCACCAUCCCGCUGACCGCAGCGCUCGGAAAGACAGCGACUGAUCCGUGAAGCCUCCGCCGAGCCAAACAGACUCCCACAGACAAGGAAGCUUCAAAAUAGAGGGACAAAAGAGGGAUGAGGAGGAGACUCUCUAAACAGGAUACAGCUGCUCACUGACUAUAAAUUACCCUGUGAAGCCAUGACUCUUGUAAAGGGCAACGUUUUAGGGAAGGAUGAGCUGAGGUUUGGAACGAAAGCCACGCAAAACGUGUUGCUCUUAUCCAAUGAACAUUUUAUUCUCUUAUUAUUCGGACAACGCAGCAUGAACUGACUGCUGCCGUUAUGAUUAUCGACCAGGUAUUGAGUAUUACUGCUGCAACUGCAUAGCAACGUACCGUGAAUCUCGUAGGAAUGCGCUUUGUUCUCACCAUACAUUGACUGUGUUUAUCAUAUUAUUGUGUUUAUCUGUGUAGUCACAACGUAAAGUGCACAUUGUAUAUUCUGCGCUUGCUUCCUGCGACGAUUUGGACUCACUGUCGUCACUGUGGUCACGAUCUUCUCUACUGGCUCCAGCGACACGUUCUCACUCCAGGUCAAGUGGACUUGGGUUGACGCAGAAGCCUGCCUUCCGUGUUGCAUGUGGACGCGCAGACGUGUCAACCGAGACAAAUUCUUCCCUGCCCGCUGUGUUGCCUGACGCUAAGACAGUGGUCAGGGUACCUUAUGUGGCAAGUGAAACCUAAGGGCUUAACCCUGGCGUUCUUUUGUUUACAUGAUGGAAGGACAUCUGAAAGGGCCAUCGAUCUCCAGACGCCAAAGUUCACUUGAUGCUAGUCGCUGCUGUUUAUCAAUAAACAGCUUGUGAAUGCACCGUGCGUGACCGCGCUGCGCAUGCUAUCACUGGAGGAGUGCAGCGCCAUUUGAAGUUUUGAACAGCAUCUCUAGCACAAAAGACGGCCAAGUUAUGCCCCGGUGUCUGUGGCUGCAGUUUGACCAGGCUGUGACCUUUCCCCUACUCUGCAGCUCCGUCGCCAUAGCAACUACUCUGAGAACAAACGGCCGUAUCUCGGAAAGCAGAUAGCGAAAAACCGAGCGCAAGAAUCCACAGGCUUUCAUCUGUAACUGAGACGAAUUUCAUGUGUCUACAGUCAACGCUUCGGCCAGGAGUGCUACAGUAAUUCUGAGCACAUUUUACAAGUGUGACUACAAAACUGGAGAUUUCCAUGUUUCUGCGUCCCACCGUUGGGCCACUAUCGCAGUUUAGAAACUCGAACAUGACUGGAUGUUGACUGCUCUGCUCCACUCUAACCAGCUUGAUUGCCCACUCCAUAACUUUUCGAUUUUUGGCAAACGACUGGUUCUUUGAGGCCGAUUUGUGGGCAAAGGAUAGCACUUGGUUCUGAUCUUUUUAAGGGUAACAGAGGAUGCAACUGCGUUUUGAGCUUUUCGCAUAAUUCCUAGGCAAAAGUUUGGGGGAGCAGCGAGUCGCUGAAGUAGAGGCAAAUUUCUGAAGCGUUGAAUCCUCUUCUCUAUUCAUUUUCAAUGGGAAAAAUUGGUCACAAAACCUGGAAUAUCUCUGGAAUUCUGGCACCUACGUCUAAGAAAAGUUAUAGCACACCAUUCCCGGUCGGGCCUCACGUUUUGGCUUUUGAACCGCGUCUCUACGACGCUAUCCCUCCCUGAGGCAUCUGGAUUUUCCUUUAGAGAUGGGGUGACAAGCGCCGAUAUCCAGAAAGGCUGUAAGUAGAACCUCUGCUUGAAGAGAAGCCAUUCGCUGUGGCGCUGGCAUCUUGUCAGGGUGCUUCCUGGACUCCUCCCCGGUGAGGUGUCCCCACGAUGCAUUGGUGAGAUGUUACCUUUUGGAUGACGUCAGAACAUCUCAAUAUCAGAGGUAUCUCGGUACGAAAUGUGGAAUAAAGGAGUAGUAUUCAAUGCCCAAAGUCCACUGGUUAACGUCCAUAAUAAUAAUUCAUUUUAACAUGAAUUAAAGUCAUGAACUACUCUUGGAUCCUCCUAUAAAUAUCACCUUUAUUUACCUACAUACUUCCAUGGGGCUGGACGUUUUAUCCAAAUGGGUCCGUGAGACGUCAUUUUCAGGUGUCAGUUUCAGUCCAAAAGUUUUACCUUUAUGUUCCGCAACAGUGAGUUCUGGUUGGUGUUAGGGCAAUGGUCAAGGUCACCUCCAUGUUUAUCCACCUCCAUGUGUCCCUCCAAUAUCUCCACCCACCACCAACUCCGACUCAGAAGUGCUUUUCCGCAAGGUUUCUACUGGAUGCUUUGGAAGGCUGGAGCCUUUUCUGACAGGGGCGAUUGUGGGGUGCAUAUAUAGGCGAACAUCCAGCCACUCACUUUCACGUUUUUGGACUGGGUUGCCACAAGCUGGAAUCAAACCAGCAACCUUCUUGCUGUGACCACUCACUGCUAUUUCCUCUGGUAAAUACAUUAUUUAUGGAAAAAAAUGGGACAAAAACCUCACAUUACAGAUGGAAAUAAAACUCUGAAAAGAUUCUAUUACUAUUUUCAUCCCUCCAGUCAGUAAACAAUAACGUAUCAACUUGUUUUCAGCUAUUGAACCUAACAAUAUCAAAAUAAAUACUCGCAAUUCUGCAAAGCAAAAGUUGUUGGACUCGCCUGUGUAUUAAUUCCGUGGAAGCUGCGGGGACCUUCUGUUUUUAAUCAACAUCUGGCAGUGAUUCACUGUGACCCGAGGGUUAGUAAUGUCAGGAGAGGAUGUGAGCCAAUUGGAUGAUGGGAAUUUGAUACUCAUAAGUUGCUUCUCAUGGUUUGUGCCAGAAGAGGAACGGGGGCAAGGAGAGGGUGCGCUUCAGUGAUAAAGCCGGUUUAAAACUGCGAAACAGUGGCAUGAACAGUUCCUCAGAAGGUGCUCCUCAGUGUUGAACUGUGUGGUGAUCUCUUCAUAUAAACAACAUUAAACUCUUAUACACAUGUUUAAAUGAAGUGUGGCGUCUGUUCUUCCAAGUUUAUUCCUCUCUUCUCACGAACAGAAAACAAGAAAUCGGCUUGAAGUAUCGGCCUCACUCUUCUGAUUGGUGUCGACUGCAGCUCAUCUGAGAAAGUGGAGAUGAAGGAGAGUAACUGUUCCUGCUCUGCUGC